AUGAACCACUGUAAACAGUCCAGCACUUCCGGGUCCGCGCUCCUCCAAAGUAUUCCCGGAGCAUCCCGUCAGUGCUCUAUGGACAGACAAAGGGACGAUAAGGAUCAACAAAUAGGCAGCCCACUCACAAAAACUACAAUAACACAUCAGAAACCAAAGACACAGACACAACCACAAUUUCAGCAAACUCCAGACCGAUCACGGCACGUUGAGAGUUACUAUCGUGCAACUGUCCAUGUAGCAUCUCCUGGCCAACCACAGCCCGUUGAGAGUUAUUAUCGUGCAACUGUUAAUGUAAAAUAUUCAGAACGAAAUCCACCCAUUGAAGAAUACCAUCGUGCAACUGUCCAAGUGACAUCUCCAGACCAAACACAGCACAUUGAACAAUACCAUCAUGCAACUGCCCAAGUGACAUCUCCAGACCGAACACAGCACAUUGAACAAUACCGUCGUGCAACUGUCCAAGUGACAUCUCCAGACCGAACACAGCACAUUGAACAAUACCGUCGCUCAACUGUCCAAGUGACAUCUCCAGACCGAACACAGCACAUUGAUAAAUACCGUCGUGCAACUGCCCAAGUCACAUCUCCAGACCGAACACAGCACAUUGAGGAAUACCGUCGUGCAACUGCCCAAGUGACAUCUCCAGACCGAACACAGCACAUUGAGGAAUACCGUCAUGCAACUGUCCAAGUGACAUCUCCAGACCGAACACAGCACAUUGAACAAUACCAUCGUGCAACUGCCCAAGUGACAUCUCCAGACCAAACACAGCACAUUGAGGAAUACCGUCAUGCAACUGCCCAAUUGACAUCUCCAGACCGAAAGCACAUUGAGAAAUACCGUCGUGCAACUGUCCAAGUGACAUCUCCAGACCGAACACAGCACAUUGAUAAAUACCGUCGUGCAACUGCCCAAGUGACAUCUCCAGACCGAACACAGCACAUUGAGGAAUACCGUCAUGCAACUGUCCAAGUGACAUCUCCAGACCGAACACAGCACAUUGAGGAAUACCGUCAUGCAACUGUCCAAGUGACAUCUCCAGACCGAACACAGCACAUUGAACAAUACCAUCGUGCAACUGCCCAAGUGACAUCUCCAGACCAAACACAGCACAUUGAGGAAUACCGUCAUGCAACUGCCCAAUUGACAUCUCCAGACCGAAAGCACAUUGAGAAAUACCGUCGUGCAACUGUCCAAGUGACAUCUCCAGACCGAACACAGCACAUUGAUAAAUACCGUCGUGCAACUGCCCAAGUGACAUCUCCAGACCGAACACAGCACAUUGAGGAAUACCGUCAUGCAACUGUCCAAGUGACAUCUCCAGACCGAACACAGCACAUUGAGGAAUACCGUCAUGCAACUGUCCAAGUGACAUCUCCAGACCGAACACAGCACAUUGAGGAAUACCGUCGUGCAACUGUCCAAGUGACAUCUCCAGACCAAACACAGCACAUUGAAGAAUACCGUCAUGCAACUGCCCAAGUGACAUCUCCAGACCGAAAGCACAUUGAGGAAUUCCGUCGUGCAACUGUCCAAGUGACAUCUCCAGACUGAACACAGCACAUUGAACAAUACCGUCGUGCAACUGCCCAAGUGACAUCUCCAGUCCGAACACAGCACAUUGAGGAAUACCGUCGUGCAACUGUCCAAGUGACAUCUCCAGACUGAACACAGCACAUUGAACAAUACCGUCGUGCAACUGCCCAAGUGACAUCUCCAGUCCGAACACAGCACAUUGAGGAAUACCGUCAUGCAACUGUCCAAGUGACAUCUCCAGACCGAACACAGCACAUUGAGGAAUACCGUCAUGCAACUGCCCAAAUGACAUCUCCAGACCGAAAGCACAUUGAGGAAUACCGUCGUGCAACUGUCCAAGUGACAUCUCCAGACCGAACACAGCACAUUGAGGAAUACCGUCAUGCAACUGUCCAAGUGACAUCUCCAGACCGAACACAGCACAUUGAGGAAUACCGUCAUGCAACUGUCCAAGUGACAUCUCCAGACCGGACACAGCACAUUGAGGAAUACCGUCGUGCAACUGUCUUAGGGACAUCUCCAGAAAAAAAACCCGGCACAUUGAAGAAUACCGUCAUGCAACUGCCCAAGUGACAUCUCCAGACCGAAAGCACAUUGAGGAAUUCCGUCGUGCAACUGUCCAAGUGACAUCUCCAGAUUGAACACAGCACAUUGAACAAUACCGUCGUGCAACUGCCCAAGUGACAUCUCCAGUCCGAACACAGCACAUUGAGGAAUACCGUCGUGCAACUGUCCAAGUGACAUCUCCAGACUGAACACAGCACAUUGAACAAUACCGUCGUGCAACUGCCCAAGUGACAUCUCCAGUCCGAACACAGCACAUUGAGGAAUACCGUCAUGCAACUGUCCAAGUGACAUCUCCAGACCGAACACAGCACAUUGAGGAAUACCGUCAUGCAACUGCCCAAAUGACAUCUCCAGACCGAAAGCACAUUGAGGAAUACCGUCGUGCAACUGUCCAAGUGACAUCUCCAGACCGAACACAGCACAUUGAUAAAUACCGUCGUGCAACUGCCCAAGUGACAUCUCCAGACCGAACACAGCACAUUGAGGAAUACCGUCAUGCAACUGCCCAAGUGACAUCUCCAGACCGAACACAGCACAUUGAGGAAUACCGUCGUGCAACUGUCCAAGUGACAUCUCCAGACUGAACACAGCACAUUGAAAAAUACCGUCGUGCAACUGCCCAAGUGACAUCUCCAGACCGAACACAGCACAUUGAGGAAUACCGUCAUGCAACUGCCCAAGUGACAUGUCCAUACCGAACACAGCACAUUGAGGAAUACCGUCGUGCAACUGCCCAAGUGACAUCUUUAGACCGAACACAGCACAUUGAACAAUACCGUCGUGCAACUGCCCAAGUGACAUCUCCAGACCGAACACAGCACAUUGAACAAUACCGUCGUGCAACUGCCCAAGUGACAUCUCCAGACUGAACACAGCACAUUGAGGAAUACCGUCAUGCAGCUGUCCAAGUGACAUCUCCAGACCGAACACAGCACAUUGAGAAAUACCGUCGUGCAACUGUCUGUAACACAAACCAGCAGAAUCAGCAUCACAAUGAGUCACAGGCCAGACCCCAACAACAGCAGGAACAACGUCAUUGGGACCAACACCUACACAAACAAAGUCAACAACAGGAGAAAUACAUGUCAUUUAUUCACAAACAGCCAGAUUUGCAUUACUUGGAGACACAGCACAAAACACAACAGCAGAAAUCACAACUUUAUCGAGAACCAGAGCCACAGAAAUUUCAAUUACAGCACCACACCAAUCAUGCCUCAAUACAACACCACACCAAUCAUGACCCAAUGUUUAAAACAGAACAGCAAGGAAAUUACAAACCACAGCCAGACCAAAAACAAAGACAGCUGGAAUGUCGCCCAAAGAACCCAGAAACAAAACAACAAAAACAUUUACAACACCACGAUAAGGGCCCACAUAUCCAAACAGAAAGGCAAUAACAACAGCUUCCACUAGAGGCAAGGCGACUUCGGGAGCGCGAAAGCUACAAUAAAAACCCAGAGCCAAAGCGACUUCAGCAGCACGAAAGCUACAAUAAAAACCCAGAGCCAAAAAGAAACAACGAAAAGACAAAAUAUGCCGCAAAUCCUGCUUUGCAAACAACUGCAAAGAAAAGACAAUACCAUCAGAACCCCCCCAAAAAAAAAACUUUGUGCAGGGCAUAUUAUGCUGACAAAUAUACCCUUGUGAGAGCUAAAAGAAGACAUACCUACAACAUUUGCUACAAAGUGAAACAAUUAACAAACACAUACAAAAGGAAAAAUAUUUUAAGACAGCAACGCCGAAAACAAUACUACAUCACACAACUACUGAAAAACUUAAAAGGCAGGAGUCAUGCUUCAAAACUCAUGACAGCAACAUAUCUUGUUGACCUUUCCAUCAAGGUUUAUUUGAAAAUGCAGAACAGUCUACAACGUCGAUUUACUGCACUACAAAGCAACACACAUGUCCUUCUUAAUCUAAUACUUGUACAGGACAAUGUCUCCCAAAAAGCAGAGAUGAUAUGUGGCCCAAGUCAACACACAUCACACACUCUUGUGUCAUGUAUUCCCAUUAAUGAGAAAGGCCAAUGCCAGAUUUUCCCUGAUGUGACACUGAAAAAGGACAAAAAGCAUAGUCAGCUCCAGCCACUUCCAGAUGAAGAUGACAGUGAAGAACGAGGGCAAGCAAAGGAAAAACAAAGCUCGCAUAAAUGGCAGUGUGUGACAGGCUGACUGAGUGGUCUGACGUCAGGCAGAAGCAGGAAGGAAACUGACACCGAGGAGUACUGCAGGUAAUGGAAUAGGAGGGCAUUGGAGAGAGCACACUGUGGAGAAGAGGUUGGGAGAAAGAAAGAAAAGAAAAUUAUACCAAGGAUUGAACACCCAACAACGAACUAGGACUGGACUGGAGAACCCCAACGGCACUUGGACAAUACUUUUGUACGAAAACUACCCUCGGUAACGAACCCGGCCUGAAUCGACAAAAAGACUGAAAGACCUCCACCUGUUGGCUGAUUGAUUAUUUUGUUUGUUUUGUUUUCGUUUAUAAAGAACACUCCCAAAGAUCCUCUGCCAAAGCCUGUUAAAAAUAAACAGGUUUUAAACUUUACUUGUUCUUGUGUUGUGUGGUUUUGUGUGUUCUCCCCGCCUUACAACAAACCCACCCCAGAACACGUCACAGUAUGUAGUUUGCUUUAACUAUGCAAGGCUGUCCUCUUACGUAUCUGGAUGCAUGCAGUCUGUUUUCUAUGAUGGAAGCAGUGCUGACACAAGCCCAGUCACCUGCGGUGUCUCUCAAUGGUCUGUUCUUGGGCCUCUUCUCUUCAACAUCUACAUGCUUCCCUUGGGUCACCUCACCUGCAAACAUAGCCUCAUGCUUCACUCCUAUGCAGAUGACACCCAGCUCUACCUAAAACUCGACCCUGGAUGUCCCUCUGCUAUGGUCCAAGACAUUGAGGUCUGGAUGUCUGCCAAUUUUCUUCUGCUCAACAUGAACAAAUCUGAACUACUUCUAAUAGGAUCGAAAACUCAACUCAAGAAUCUCAAAAUUGAAUCUCAGAAACUGUCUGCUGCUGCCUUCCCCCACUGUAUAAAGCCUUGGUCUACUUCUGGAUAGUAACCUAUCCUUUGAUACACAAAUCUCCUCCUGUAGUCAAAUCCUCCUUCUACCACCUCCGAAACAUCUCGAAGGUCCGUCCCUACCUUUCCCUCCCGAAUGCAGAGAUACUCUGUCAUGCAUUCAUCUCCUCUCAACUCGACUACUGCAGAUCUCUCUAUGGUGGUCUCCCGUCACACGCCAUAAACCAACUGCAGCUGGUUCAAAGUGCCACUGCUAGGCUCCUUACCAGAUGUAAAAAACAUAAUCACAUUACCCCUUGUCCUGCCAAGCUGCACUGGCUACCUGUAAAGUUCAGGAUUACUUUCAAAAUUCUCCUACUUGCCUACAAGGCCCUUCAUCACACAGGUCCAGAGUAUCUCCCCAACUUGCUGACCCGCUAUGUCCCUGCACGCAAGCUGAGGUCCUCUGACUCUGGCUUGCUUGUUAUACCCAAGCAAAAGUGCACCACACUUGGAGAGCACUCUUUUAGCUUCAUGGCUCCGACUCUCUGGAACUCUCUCCCAGCUUGCGUGCAGCUCCCACAGUCGCUCACUCCAAAUCAUCUCUCAAGACCCACUUGUUCUCUCUUGUUUUCAAUGCUCUUUAAGCCUGAUAUCUGUUAUUAGCUGUUGUCUAAAUUGCUAUUUCAGGUUUUUCACUCCAUCUUAUUCAUAUGAUUCUGCAUGACACACGCAUCCACAAUGUUUACGUUUCACACCCUAGCCUUGUAUUUAAUGUAUUAUGCCUGUAUUUAAUGUAUUUGCAUUGUUUUUAUUGUUUGUAUUUAAAUGUACUAUUCCCUGUAUUUCACCGUAUUUAAUGUAUUAUGCAUUGUUCCUCACUAUCUUGUAAAGCUCUUUGUGAUGGUGGUCCACUAUGAA